AGAUGGAAUAUCCCAGUCUGAACCGGUUUCAACCGGUCUUGGGUUGAUGCAUGAGAUGGGAGAAAGAAGAGCUGGGUUUUCACUUUCAAAGAGCUCUACUUUAAAAUAAUAAUUUUGCAUAGUUAAAGUAAUAAACUAACGACUGAUUUGUUUUGUGUAUAUGGGCAGGAAUCGCGUCUUCAGUUAUGGUACCGUAAAUAUAGUUAGCCUGCUAGCUUGAGGACUCAGAAGUCAUUGGUGGCCAUACAUAGCAAGCUAAGUUGCUAACAGGGGACCUAGCCGUAGCUAGCUAAUUCGUAGCUACAUCGAAUUCAUUGUACGCGUCAGUAAGCACUUACUUGGAUAACGAUAGACACUUCUACGUAGAUGGGGAUUGACCACAUGCACAAUAAUUGCAAGUAAAUACUCUUCUGGUCUAAGAUAAUAGUGUAAUGUAGUUCGCUAGUUUAUUAGCCAGCUGCUAAGCAACUGUAAGACCUAUCACGUUGCUAAUGAGCAAGAACACCAGCUAGCGUCAGGAUACUGCUAUUGCUAUCAUGAGAUAACUUACUGUCGUUAGCGUGAACGUCAGCUACCUUUUGAAGAAUUUGCGGGAACAUUGAUAACUUUUUUUGAUAAAGAAAGACUUUUGAAAGUAGGGAACCAAAUAGCCAGUGAGUUGCCCUGAAACUGCUAUUCUUUCAUCGACACGAGGAGUAUUUUAAAUCAGCUCUAUGCCAGCAGAGAUGACAAUGUUAGCGGACCAUACAGCACGUCAGCUGCUGGACUUCAGUCAGAAGCUAGACAUCAACUUACUUGACAAUGUGGUCAAUUCGAUGUACUACGACGUGGGAUCACAGCAACGAAUGGCACAGGAAGUCUUAACUAAUUUGAAAGAUCAUCCUGAUGCAUGGACAAGAGUGGACACCAUUCUUGAGUUCUCACAGAACAUGAAGACAAAGUACUAUGCACUUCAGAUUCUGGAGACAGUGAUCAAAACUCGUUGGAAAAUCCUACCCAGAAACCAGUGUGACGGUAUUAAGAAGUAUGUGGUGGGGCUCAUCAUCAAGACCUCGUCUGACCCGACAAGCGUAGAGAAAGAGGGAGUGUACAUCGCCAAGUUGAACAUGAUCCUUGUCCAGAUCCUGAAGCAGGAGUGGCCCAAGCACUGGCCAACGUUCAUCAGUGACAUCGUCGGGGCGAGCCGGACCAGCGAGAGCCUCUGUCAGAACAACAUGAUCAUCCUUAAGCUGCUCAGCGAGGAGGUGUUCGACUUCUCCAGCGGACAGAUGACCCAGGUCAAGGCCAAACACCUGAAGGACAGCAUGUGCAACGAAUUCUCCCAAAUAUUCCAGCUUUGCCAGUUUGUCAUGGAGAAUUCCCAGAAUGCACCACUAGUCCAUGCCACCCUGGAGACGCUGCUGCGCUUCCUCAACUGGAUUCCACUGGGCUACAUAUUCGAGACCAAACUCAUUAGCACACUGGUGUACAAGUUUUUGAAUGUGCCGAUGUUCCGCAACGUGACGUUGAAGUGCUUGACGGAGAUUGCUGGCGUCAGUGUGAACCAGUACGAGGAGCAGUUUGUCAACCUCUUCAGUCUGACCAUGAUGCAGCUCAAACAGAUGCUUCCACUGAACACCAACAUCCGUGUGGCGUAUGCAAACGGCAAAGACGACGAGCAGAACUUCAUCCAGAACCUGAGCCUGUUCCUCUGCACCUUCCUCAAAGAACACGGCCAGCUCAUCGAGAAGCGGCCCAACCUGAGGGAGACACUCAUGGAGGCGCUGCACUACAUGCUGCUGGUGUCGGAGGUGGAGGAGACGGAGAUCUUCAAGAUCUGCCUGGAGUACUGGAACCACCUGGCGGCCGAGCUGUACCGCGAGAGCCCCUUCUCCACGUCCACCUCGCCGCUGCUCUCCGGCAGCCACAGCUUCGACGUGCCGCCCCGGAGGCACCUCUACCUGCCCGUGCUCUCCAAGGUGCGUCUGUUGAUGGUGAGCCGCAUGGCCAAGCCCGAGGAGGUGCUGGUGGUGGAGAACGACCAGGGCGAGGUGGUGCGCGAGUUCAUGAAGGACACCGACUCGAUCAACCUCUACAAGAACAUGAGAGAGACGCUAGUCUACCUGACUCACUUGGACUACGCCGACACGGAACGCAUCAUGACGGAGAAGCUGCACAACCAGGUGAACGGGACCGAGUGGUCGUGGCGGAACCUGAACACGCUGUGCUGGGCCAUCGGCUCCAUCAGCGGGGCCAUGCACGAGGAGGACGAGAAGAGGUUCCUCGUCACGGUCAUCAAGGAUCUCCUGGGGCUGUGUGAGCAGAAACGAGGGAAGGACAACAAAGCCAUCAUCGCCUCCAACAUCAUGUACAUCGUUGGACAGUAUCCACGAUUCUUACGCGCCCACUGGAAGUUCCUCAAGACUGUGGUCAACAAGCUCUUUGAGUUCAUGCACGAGACCCACGACGGCGUGCAGGACAUGGCCUGCGACACCUUCAUCAAGAUCGCCCAGAAGUGCCGGCGGCAUUUUGUGCAGGUGCAGGUGGGCGAGGUGAUGCCCUUCAUCGACGAGAUCCUCAACAACAUCAACACCAUCAUCUGUGACCUCCAGCCACAGCAGGUGCACACAUUCUACGAGGCGGUGGGCUACAUGAUCGGGGCGCAGACGGAUCAGACUGUGCAGGAGCACCUGAUCGAGAAGUACAUGCUGCUGCCCAACCAGGUGUGGGACAGCAUCAUCCAGCAGGCCACCAAGAACGUGGACAUUCUGAAGGACCCGGAGACGGUACGGCAGCUGGGCAGCAUCCUGAAGACCAACGUGCGCGCCUGCAAGGCCGUCGGACACCCCUUCGUGGUCCAGCUGGGGCGCAUCUACCUGGACAUGCUCAACGUCUACAAGUGCCUGAGCGAGAACAUCUCCUCUGCCAUACAGACCAAUGGUGAGAUGGUAACGAAGCAGCCGCUGAUCCGCAGCAUGCGCACGGUGAAGAGGGAAACGCUGAAGCUCAUCUCCGGCUGGGUCAGCCGCUCCAACGACCCCCAGAUGGUUGGAGAGAACUUUGUCCCACCCCUGCUGGAGGCCGUCCUGAUUGACUACCAGCGGAAUGUUCCGGCAGCCAGAGAACCGGAGGUUCUGAGCACCAUGGCAACCAUUGUCAACAAGCUGGGAGGGCACAUCACCGGAGAGAUCCCCAAGAUAUUUGAUGCCGUGUUUGAAUGUACCCUGAACAUGAUUAAUAAGGACUUUGAGGAGUACCCCGAGCACAGGACGCACUUCUUCUACCUGCUGCAGGCUGUCAACUCCCAGUGCUUCCCUGCAUUCCUGUCCAUCCCUCCGGCUCAGUUCAAGCUGGUGCUGGACUCCAUCAUCUGGGCCUUCAAGCACACCAUGCGCAACGUGGCUGACACCGGCCUGCAGAUCCUCUACACGCUCCUCCAGAAUGUCACUCAGGAGGAGGCGGCUGCCCAGAGCUUCUACCAGACCUACUUCUGCGACAUCCUGCAGCACAUCCUUUCCGUCGUCACGGAUACGUCUCACACGGCUGGCCUGACCAUGCAUGCCUCCAUCCUGGCCUACAUGUUUAACCUGGUGGAGGAGGGCAAGAUCAGCAUUGCUCUCAACACCGUCUCAGCGGUCAACAACCAGGGCUACGUGCAGGAGUAUGUGGCGAACUUGCUCAAAACAGCCUUCCCCCAUCUGCAGGAUGCCCAGGUGAAGAUCUUUGUCACUGGACUCUUCAGCCUCAAUCAGGACAUUCCUGCGUUCAAAGAGCAUUUGAGGGACUUCCUCGUACAGAUCAAGGAGUUUGCCGGCGAGGACACGAGCGACCUGUUCCUGGAGGAGCGGGAGACGUCGCUGAGGCAGGCCCAGGAGGAGAAGCACAAACUGCAAAUGUCCGUGCCGGGCAUACUCAACCCCCACGAGCUGCCCGAGGAGAUGUGCGACUGAGCAUCCUGCCGAGGCUACGCCAAACAUUAGAAGAAAACACCGAAGCAACACCGCAUGAAUGAGAGAGAGAGAAGAGAGAGAGUGAAGAGGAAGACAAGACGGCGUGUGAACGAGUCACCUGUACAGAUUUUGAUUUAUUUGUUUUGUUGUUGUUGUUUGUUUUUUCGUUUUGAUUUUUCAGGAAAAAAGGUUGAAAAAAAAAAAAAAAAAAAAAAAAGGAAGAAAACAAAAAACUGUUCGGGGGUCGUGGAAACUCCCCUUGAUCAAAACUGUGUGUGUGUGUGUGCGCGUGGUUUGUGUGUCGUGUGUGUGUGUGUGUGUGUGUGUGUGUGUGCGUGCUAAAAUGAGAUUGAUCAUAGGAGGAACAGAUGGAUGAAGUGGUGAUGUGGAGUCUCUCCACUGUUUUGUCGUCGACCAAAAUCAAUGCCAAUCUAUAAACGAGAGAAGCGUUACAUUGCACCAUCCUUAACCCCCUUUCCCGUCCUCCCUUGUCCCUCUGUAGCGUUUCCCCACUGUCCCCGAAAUCACAUUUUUACACACGACUGCAUUUUAUACAAAUAAAUUAGUGUGUUGUCUGUCUGAUAUCCA